AUGACAACGAUGUUCGUCCAACUGCGCCGCGUGAUAUGUCUGUUGGUACUUCUGCAUUGUUGUUUUUGUGCGAUUGAAGCCGAGGAGGGAACCCGAGUAACGAGGACGGAACUGCGGAUACAAACGCAUUUAAGUUUGACGGAUCAGUUUAUUGUGCAGGGAGAGUUUUGUCUGGACGAAUGGAAGAAUCGAGUGAAAACAAACAACGACAGUUACAAGGCAGCAGAGGAGGCCACAAUGAAAACCAUGGACAUACUUGCGGAGAUAACCAAGAUGAAACAAAAAGUCGAGGGGGUCGGGUCUGGCAACAAGGAUGUUGUUAUCGGCGAAGUGGAUCAGGUGGUGAAGAGGGUUGGGGAGAGACUGCGGGAAACGAAUGAGGUGGUCAAGGCGGCGAAGACGGCGGUGAGUAAUACAAGGCAAGUAAAGGCGUAUUGUGUGAACGAGCGUGGGAACUUGAAAAGUGCCGCGGAACAGAUUGUGAAACUCAAAUAUUAUUAUGAAGAAGCACUGCAGGAACAGGAGGUGCAGCAUGGGGUGAAAAAAACACUGGAGAACGAGGAAAGGUUUGCAAAGCUCGACGAUGCACAUGGGAUAGUCACCAAGCUUGUGGGAGACAUAGACGCAUACGCAGCACAGAAUCACCUGUCUUUGUUCGAUGCCGGGGCGCGUAUUGAUAACGCUACCAAGGCGGUUAAUGAUACGUUAAACGCACUUGUGGGCCUUAACACCACACUCGAGGAUGUCAAGAAAAAGUUGGAGGGCGAUGAUUCAAAGAUAAACGCUACCGAGAAGGCCAUUACGGAUGUCAAGAAAACGAUAAAAGUGGAUACCUUAGCGGUAAAACCAUCGUUAACUGCCAAUGACUAUGGUACAGGUCUAAAGGGGGAAAUGGAAAAGGGACUUGAACGAUUGGCAAAGGAAAGGGAGGAAAUGACGAGGAGGCGGGCUGAGGAAAGGGAGAGAAAAGCCAGGGAGGAACGAGAGAGAUUGGCUGCUGAAAAAGCACGAAUAGCCAAGGAGGAACAGGAGAGAUUGGCUGCUGAAAAAGCGCGAAUAGCCAGGGAGGAACAGGAGAGAUUGGCUGCAGAAAAGGCGCGAAUAGCCAGGGAGGAACAGGAGAGAUUGGCUGCGGAAAAGGCGCGAAUAGCCAGGGAGGAACAGGAGAGACUGGACGCAGAAAAGGCGAAGGGGGCCAAAAAAAAGAAAGAUAACAGCCACAGUCCUGCAUUGGUGCACAGUUCCUUGAUUCUUCUUGUUCUGAUGUGUGUGUUGGGUUACACUCUCGUGUGCUAA